CGGGGGAGGUUGUGGUCAAGACGAAACCCAAACAAACAGAAAAACGCUUCAAGCGGAAGCCAGAAAGAAUCCUGACCGUCUGACGACAAAAGAAAGAAACAAUGGGAUCAGCAACAUCUCUGCCCAAGGACAACACUUCCUUCUCUCUGGCUUUGCUCAAACAGCUGAGCAGCAACAACAAGACGGGAAACAUCUUUUUCUCCCCGUUCAGCAUCUCUUCAGCCCUGGCUAUGGUGAUGCUGGGGGCCAGAGGCAACACAGCCACACAGAUGUUAGAGUGCUUGCAAGCCGAGGAUUGUUGGGGUGAUGUUCACAGCAGCUUUGCCAAACUUCUCACUGAACUCAACAGGCCAGAGGCUCUAUUUACCUUCAGUGUUGCUAACAGACUGUACAUAGAGAAGUCCUGCCCCUUUACUCAGGAAUUCUUAAUACAAAGCAAGAAACAUUACAGCACAGUGCUGGAGUCUGUGGACUUCAAGACCAGGUCUGAAGAGGUCAGGAUUGAUGUCAACAACUGGGUGCAGAAACACACACCAGGUAACAUCACAGAGGUGGUGGAUGAAGAUGAUUUGAAUGAACUGACCAGGCUGGUGUUGUUCACUGCCACCCUCUUCAACGGCAGCUGGAUUAAAGAUUUCUUGUGGUCUGAAACUUAUGAUGCUCAAUUUUGGCUUAAUAAGAAUGACUCAAAGCCUGUGAAGAUGAUGAAACAGGAAGAAGACUUUGCGUGUGCCUUCAUCGAAGAGGCAAACUGCAGGAUUCUAGAGAUGCCUUACAGUGGGGAGGAAGUGAGCAUGCUCAUCUUUUUACCUGCAGAGAUAGAGGAUGAUACAACAGGACUGGAGAAGCUGGAGAAGGAGCUGACCUCUGAGAAAUUUGUGGCUUGGACUCAUCCAGGCCAGAUGCAAACAUGUUAUAUUGAUGUGAGGCUGCCUCGAUUUACACUGGAGGAGACGUAUGACCUGAACACAGUCCUGAGCAGCAUGGGCAUGGUGGACGCUUUUCAUCACACAAAGUGUGACUUCUCUGGCAUGUCUGGGCACAAAGAUCUGGUACUUUCAAAAGUCAUCCACAAGGCUUUUGUGGAGGUCCACGAGAAGGGAACUGAGGCUACUUUUGAAGUUAUGGUUUGGGGUGAGGCUAUGGGCGUGAUAAGGCGGGGCAAUUUUGAUUUAAAAUCCUUCAUCGCAGACCACCCCUUCCUCUUCUUCAUCAGACAUAACCCCACCAUGAACAUCCUGUUAGCUGGUCGGUUCUGCUGCCCUGUGUGAGCUCUGUGUCCUUUACAGCAGCUCAGUACCAGAAGUCUUUAGUGUUUAGUUGGAGAACCUUUCAAAAUCACUGCACAACAGCGCUGUAUUCAUAUUAAUAU